GAUACACGGGUAGAGCAACUGCAUAUCGGCACGGUAGAAUAUUGACUGUGCUAUUAACUAAAUAAGUAUAUAUACAAGAUGGUAUUUUUUUUAAAGAUAGAGUAACUACUAUAAUUUAGAACUAGUGUAAAAGUUGUAAGUAGAAGGGACCUAGUAUGUGUGUGUGUGACCUAGUGUGAGUACUAAAAUUCAUGGUAACUACAUGGUGGUACUUAGGAUCAUGACUAAAACCAAGGACUAAAAUUAUUAUCUCUACUCUCUAUCGUCUCCUCAACCUUCGUUGCCUCGUACACCUAGUUUUAUUAGAUACCUUCCUAGUAAUUCGUAUUUUACUAAUGUGUACUCUGCUUACCAAAAUAAUCAGUUACGUUUGAAAAUCGUAACUUUAUUUGCCUAGAAAUUGGCCUACUUAUAAACUCUACAAUACCUACAUAAACUAUGUCACUGGUUCAUAUUAUAUUCAUCUCUUAUUUGACCGUGAACAGCGAACCAUUAUAAAAAUUAUAGUCUUGAUUUAGAUUAAAAAGUGUACAGCUACCCUAGUUUAUUUAUUUAGAGAUUAGCGAGCCGCCUGGCUACCUCCCUGUGGAAUUCUCUAGAACGGCCGAACUGCACGCUUGGCGCCCGCGCCCCCGACCCCUCGCUUCGCUAGUCGCCUGGCGUGUAGCGAAGCAUGCAGUCGCGUCCGUAGACCUCCGAUUUGACAAAACCGAAGUUGCUUAUUGAAUAAUCAAGUAGAAUGUACCCAGUCACUCCGCUUCCGAUAGAGUUAAAACCUAGAUUUUCACAUAAUACGGAUGAACGAUUGAUCGCUGCGGUUUACAAGAGAGAGCCUCUAUGGAACCCCAAUAGUGAAUUGCACAAAAAUUCCGUUGUGCUAAAGAAACUAUGGAACAGUAUUGCGAUUGAAUUGGGCAAAGAUGUUACAUCAAUAAAGACACGAUGGAAAAAUCUACGAGCAUACUUCAUAAAGGUACACCGAAAAAGCGACAGCGGCGACCAGAUGUCCACCAUCACGUGGCAGUUCUACGACCAGCUGUCAUUCCUCAAGUGUUGCUCCCCCGGACUAGAGAGGGAAUCUGUGCGUGCAGACAAUGAGGACAGUAAUUCAAGUAUAGGCGAAACGAUCGACGAAAAUAACGACGAUAACAAAGCAAAUUCAGAUUCAGAUUCCAAUUCAAGUCAAUUAUCAAAGAGAAAGAAGCCGAGAGUUUCUAUAACCACUAAAAAUGAACCGUUAGAAAUACCUCUAGAGAGAAACAGAUAUGAUGAAAUAGAUAAUUAUCAAGAAAGAAACUUGGACGAUCAACAGUUCUUCGAAAGUCUUUUACCGUAUGUGAAAAAUAUUCCAAUGAUGCGAAAGCUUAAAUUACGGUGUAAGAUUCAGGAGAUGAUCUUGAAAGAGCUUGAGGCUGUUGAGAACGACAUAACCCAGCAACAGGCGCGUUUCACUGAAGUGUAUAUCGAACCAACAGCGGGUCGAAACGCACCUGAGCCGAACUUUGUAAAUGUUAAAAAAGAACCUUUAGAUCAAUCUCAGGAUUGAAUAGAACUAACACAGAUUAGACUGAGAGAAUUAAUAUUAAAUGAUAAAGUUGAGAGUCUUAGCGUGGCUGCUGGAAUCCACUAAAAUGUGUGAGAAUGAUAAGCAGUGAGCUAAAAAAAAUGAACCAAUCAGUUCAUUUACCCACACAGCGCUAAAAAUAAUAAAUCUUAGUCCAUACUCCAUACUAAUAUUAUAAAUGCGAAAGUGUGUCUGUCUGUCUGCUACCUUUUCAC